CGCCUCCCGGACUAAAUGCCUCUGUGACAAGCUCUCCGCCUUCGCCAUCUUAGCCCAGCUCAGCCCCGACAUGAACAUGGAAAAGGUGCUGGUCCCUUCUGUCACGUUAAUUGUAGGCUGUGGAGUAUCUUCGCUGACACUUUUGCUGUUGAUUAUCAUUUAUGUCUCUGUUUGGAGGUAUAUCCGCUCAGAGCGCUCGGUCAUUCUUAUCAACUUCUGCCUGUCCAUCAUCUCCUCCAAUGCUCUCAUCCUGAUCGGACAGACCCAGACGCGGAAUAAGGUGAUAUGCACGCUGGUGGCGGCUUUCUUGCACUUCUUCUUCCUCUCCUCUUUCUGCUGGGUGCUGACCGAGGCCUGGCAGUCCUACAUGGCCGUGACGGGUCGGUUACGGAACCGCAUCAUCCGCAAGCGCUUCUUGUGUCUUGGAUGGGGGCUCCCUGCCUUGGUGGUUGCCAUUUCUGUGGGAUUUACUAAAGCCAAGGGGUACGGCACCGUGAACUACUGCUGGCUGUCAUUAGAGGGAGGUCUUCUCUAUGCCUUCGUGGGACCUGCUGCUGCUGUUGUUUUGGUGAACAUGGUUAUUGGCAUUCUGGUUUUUAACAAACUUGUAUCCAAAGAUGGAAUAACAGAUAAGAAACUGAAGGAACGGGCAGGGGCAUCCCUUUGGAGCUCCUGUGUGGUCCUGCCACUCCUGGCUCUCACCUGGAUGUCUGCAGUUCUGGCAAUCACAGAUCGGCGGUCAGCGCUCUUCCAGAUUCUUUUUGCUGUCUUCGACUCAUUGGAAGGCUUUGUCAUUGUGAUGGUCCAUUGUAUCCUUAGGAGGGAGGUUCAGGAUGCUGUGAAGUGCCGAGUAGUAGACCGCCAGGAAGAGGGCAAUGGAGACUCUGGGGGGUCAUUUCAGAACGGACAUGCUCAACUAAUGACCGAUUUUGAGAAGGAUGUGGAUAUGGCUUGUAGAUCAGGUGAGCACAUCACAGUGCUGAAUAAAGACAUCACAGCCUGCAGGACCUCCACCAUCACAGGAACACUGAAGCGCCCAUCGCUACAGGAUGAAGAGAAAUUGAAGCUCAAUCAUCAGAAGGGGUCAUCAAACUUUAACAGUCUUCCAGCCAAUGUGUCCAAGUUGCAUCUUCAGGGCUCCCCGCACUACCUGGGGGCCAUCAACCUGAAUGAGUUCAGCAAUCACAGUCUCACUCUCAAGAAGGACAAGAAUCAACCACCCAAGUCUAUCUACAUCUGUGACGGGGACAUCUUCAAGAAGUUGGACUCAGAACUCUCUCGGGCACAAGAACAAACACUGGACACCAGCUAUGUCAUUCUGCCUACCAAUACAUCCACCUUACGGGCCAAACCACCCAAGGAUGAGAGCAAAUACAGCAUCAAUAUAGACCAGAUGCCCCAGACACGGCUGAUCCACCUCAGUAUGGCUACCGACCCAGGUUUUGUCGUCAAAAGUCCUCCACGGGAACCUGUGGCCAUGACUUGCAGUGAGGUGCAAGGUUCUCCCAUGAUACAACAGCAGCAGCAGCUGCCUCCACAGAAUAUCCCCAGCGAGUCACAGAUUCCCAACAGCCUGUGUGACACAGGUGACUCAGGGAACUCAGGUGUGGUGUCCAAGAGUGAGACCGUCUCCACUCUCUCCAUGAGCUCCUUGGAGAGACGGAAAUCACGGUAUGCAGAACUAGAUUUUGAGAAAAUCAUGCACACAAGAAAACGUCACCAAGACAUGUUCCAAGAUCUGAAUAGAAAACUUCAGCAUGCAGAGAAGGAGAAGGAGUCUCCAACAACGGACAGCAAGCAAGAAAAACAGCAGACACCAAACAAGAGACCCUGGGAAGGAAUCAGGAAAGUCCAGUCCCCACCGUCAUGGGUUAAAAAGGACAUCGAACCUGUGGCACAAUCUCCCCUAGAACUAAAAACUGUAGAGUGGGAGAAAACAGGGGCCACCAUCCCUCUGGUGGGACAAGACAUUAUUGACCUUCAGACGGAGGUCUGAGCGGAAGGGGAAGAAAGGGACUUUUUUUCCAGAAAACAAAUGAAACAAACAAACAAAACCACGUUUUAAAGAAAUGAUUAAAUUAAAUCGGAACCGAGUGAGAGAAGUGUUUGGUUUCUUUUGAAACCUUUGGUAAGACGGAGUAACUUUUGUAUUGUUCUCAGCAGAGUGGGGAAAUAUUGCUUUAUAGAGUAUAGUAGAUGUAGGUUCAGGACAACACAAGCUUUGCCAGGUAGGACUGGAGAAGAAGUGAGCCUGGAAGAGAGCGAGGAGGAGGCAGAGGGUGGGGAGGAGCUGUUGGGGAAGAGCCCUGUCGAGAUGCUUUGGGGCCACUGCCAUACGCCAGGACCCUUCCUGCUGUGCCACGGAGAGCUGCAGAAGGACACCCAGAAACCACCACCAUGAGCCAAGAAGAUAGAGGUUGUCUGGGGAGCACAGGAGGUGAUGUCGGCGGGAGCCUCACCGAGAUGCGUUGUGGCUGUAGGUCCUGGAAGAGACACAACCUAUGGCAUCCCUUGCCGGUCCUCAUUUCCCACCUCUCCCUCAUCAUCUCAUCUGAGAAGGAAGGAGCUGGGAUCUGUCAAGCGGUGGCUGAGGAAACGUCCCCACUUCUUCAUGCUAUCACAUGAUCUGGUGUCCUGGCAUCUCUGCAGCAUAUCCCUAAGGGGGUCGGGGGGAAGUGGUGGCGAGAGUCACAUCACCUAUGGCUUAGAGGGAGAGGUAAGGUGGGGCUUUCUCCUCUCAGCCCUUCAUGGUGGAGCUCCUGUGCACCCUAAGGGAUGGGACAAGCACUGGAGAAAGGAACCACCUCCAAAAUCUGCUCGCCCAGUCUCCAGGGAAAAGGUUGAAGGUGUUAGAAAAACAGACCAACAAGAAGAAUGUAGGUCAUUUCACUGACUGUUACAUAGAUAAACUCAGCACGGGCCUUGCAAAGGUCUGCUUGGCCUCAUCCUUUUUUUUUUUUUUUUCCUGUUACUUUUCCUUCCUUUUGGACUCAGAUUUGUUCCAAGCUGCUCCUCCCUGGAAGGCAGAGAGAGAAAGAGGGAAAGACAGAUCCACCAAUGUACCAGGAGAUAUUUGGUAUACAGAGAUGUUGCCUUAGGACAUUGAGACAAACUGACAACACGAAUAACGUCCACUUGGAA